AUGCUCCGCCUCCGAAUCUGCAUCCUCGCCCACCUUCUAUCCUCUCCCACCACCUGCCACAGAUCCCCUUCCCCUCUCUGCCGUCUCCUCUCGGCCGCCGCACCCCCCGUUUCCCAACGCACCGGAAUCACCGGAUUCGCGGUCGAGGAGUACCUGGUCGACACCUGCGGCCUCACCCCAGCACAGGCGCUGAAGGCCUCCACGAAGCUCUCCCACCUCAGAUCCCCCACCAAGCCAGACGCCGUCCUCGCCUUCCUCGCCGGCCUCGGACUCUCCACCGCAGACGUCGCCGCCGCCGUCGCCAGGGACCCGCAGCUCCUCUGCGCCGGCGUGAAGAGGACCCUGUCCCCCAUCGUAGCCGGGCUCACCGGCCUCGGUCUGUCGCAUUCCGAGAUCGCGCGCCUCCUCUCGCUCUCCUUCCGCUGCAAAUCCGUCGUCUCCAACGUGCACUACUACCUGCGCCUCUUCGGAUCCUCCGACAAGUUCCUCCAAGCGUUCAAGCGUAACAACCGUCUCCUCUCGCACAGCCUCGAGAGGGUCGUCAAGCCAAAUGUGGCGUUACUGCAGGAGUGCACGCUAGGUGCUUGCGAUAUUGCCAAGGUGUGUGCCACUGUACCAAGGAUGCUCACCGCCAGCGCGGAACAAAUACGGGCGGCGGCGGCGAAGGUCUUGGUGUGCCCCGUGGCUCCGUGA